AUGUCUUACAAACUAAUCCAAUUAAACAGUGGCAACAAAAUCCCCUCAAUUGGGUUGGGGUGCUACGAUAUCCCCAGAUCACAAACAAGCAAAAUUGUUUAUGAAGCAUUGGACGUUGGAUAUCGUCACUUUGACACUGCGGUGCUUUACGGCAAUGAACAGGAAGUCAUUGAUGGUAUUGCCAAAUACUUGAAAGACCAUCCUGAAGUCAAACGCUCUGAUGUUUUCUACACCACCAAAUUAUGGAAUAGUCAAUUGGGUAAAGCAAACACUGAAAGGGCCAUAGACACCAUGAUGCAACAGAUUGGGCCAUUGAAAUACAUUGACUUGUUGUUGAUUCAUUCGCCUUUGCCGGGUAAAGAGAAGAGAUUGGAAAGCUAUAGAGUCAUGGAACAAGCUUUGAAACAGGGCAAAGUGAAAAACAUUGGUGUGUCAAAUUAUGGACAACACCACAUUGAAGAAAUCCUCAAGGAUCCUUCCAUUGAAACUCCACCAGCUAUAAAUCAAAUUGAAAUUAGUCCCUGGUGUAUGCGUCAAGAUUUGGCUCUGUGGUGUUUGAGCAAAGACAUUCACGUUGAAGCUUAUGCUCCGUUAACCCACGGCUACAAGUUGCAAGAAGACAGUCGCAACUUUCAAGAGAUUACGAAAAAGUACAACAAAUCCCCAGCUCAAAUCUUGAUCAAAUGGUCGUUGCAAAAGGGCUAUAUCCCAUUGCCCAAGACCAAAACUCCGUCAAGAUUGAAAACAAACUUGGAUGUCAACGAUUUCGAAUUGACCCCAGAGGAAAUGGUGUUGGUUGAUCAGCCUGAUGCUUAUGAACCUACCGAUUGGGAAUGCACCGAUGCCCCAUAA